GCCAACAUUAAUGUGCUUCAUAACCAUUCCAUGAACUCCCAACAUUUAUGUUAUGUUUCAGCAGGACAUAAAUGAAGGGUGGGCUGCUUCUCUCUCAGACAUUAUUUCAAACAGAUGGCGUGUGGAUUUAAAUGCAUUGAUGGAUUCGGAAGAGCAGUUGGAUUACGGCGACGAGGAGGAUGAGGAGGAGGAUGGCUACGACCAUCCUUACGAUGAUGUUAAUGUCGGCCAGGGUGUCGCCGGGCGUGCCAUUCCUUCCGGGAAUGGUGGGUUACCAGAUCGGGUGGCGGAUGGGCCGACCGGCCUGGGCGUUCCCGUAGUUGGGCCGGACGGAAAUAGAUCCGAAUCUGGCAGUGGAGCUUUACAACCUGAACUGAAGUCUGGUAGUCUUUUGCCUGGUGACGGUCCCGAUGGUUUUCCUCGUAGAAAUAACAGUGCGUCGGAUGCGGUUCGAGAGAGUAAUGGGGGGAGAAUAGGCUUCCGAGGCAAUUCCGCUUUGGCGCCAUUACGCUCCAAGAUCAGCGUAGAUCCUAAGUUCGGCAAUGCAUCUCCGUCGCUACCAUCAGAUCCGGGCAAUGACGGUGCCAAAAGCCAGCCACUGAUGCCUCCAAACCCACCGGCUAUUGCUACUGGGGAUCGUCCGAUGACCGAUAAUAGUUUGAGAACAGACGGCGGCCGAAUGGAUGACAAUGGCUCGACGUUGCUCUUUGUUGGGGAGCUGCAUUGGUGGACUACCGAUGUUGAGCUUGAGAGUGUGUUGUUGCGGUAUGGGAGAGUAAAAGAAGUCAAGUUCUUUGAUGAAAAGGCUUGUGGGAAAUCUAAAGGUUACUGCCAGGUUGAGUUCUACGAUUCUACCGUAGCAGCUGCCUGUAAAGAGGGAAUGAACGGGCAUGUGUUUAAUGGUCGGCCUUGUGUGGUGGUGUAUGCUUCUCCUCAGACUCUGAAGAAGAAGAUGGGUGUGGCUCACAUGAACAAGAACCAAGCUCAAAAUCAUGCUCAAACUCAGGGGAGGAGACUAAUGAAUGAGGGAAUCAGUCGAGGCUGCAGAAUUAAUCAUCAGAAUGGUGAUGGGGGAACGAACCUUGGUAGGGAUGGCUUGGGGGGUCGAGGCAGACAGAGAUAUCAAAAUAGAGGCCAAGGUGGCACUGGAUCAAUGAGGGGAAGAGGUGGUGUCAGCUCAAAGGGCGUGGGCUGGGUGACCGGUGGCCUUCAGGCGAUAUUUCAGCAAGGACUCGCCAGGCCUGGAUUUGGCAAUCUUGCUGGGGACUUGAUACAUUCACAGGGUCUGAUGGGUGCAGUUUUUGAACCAGCAUACUUCGGUAGGGGAGGUCCUUCUGGUGGCUUUUCCGGUCCUGCUUUCCGGUCAAUGGUGCCUCCAUUCCAUGCAGUGACACCACAUGUAAACCAAUCAUUCUUUGGCUGUGGGGUAGCUGGAGCUGGGAUGGGGAUGAUCAGAAGCAGUGGGAUGGAAGGCCACUCCACAGGGAUGUGGACGGAUACAAGCAUGGGUGGGUGGAAAGUUACAGAUAAUGGAAGAAGGAUGAAGGAAUCAAGGUAUGGUGGGGAUAAUUGUGUUUCUGACUUUGGACACAAGGAAGUGUCCCAUAAGAGAACUGGCAGAUCAAAUAUUCCACAAGAUAAAGAAGAGGAUCCAGAGCAUGACUGGUCAGGAAAUUUUGAAAGAGGGCAACUUUACAAGAUGGAAAAAUACUGGGACAGGUCUGAUAAGGAGCACUCAAGGGAGGAGAAAAAUGGACAUAGAGACCACGAGCAGAGAGAUCAGGAUUACAACAAUGAGGAUACCUUGGACAGGAGUAGUUCCUCUUCAAGGUCCCAAAGCAAUUUUAGGAUGGCACAAGAGGUUGACCAUGGGUUUGGUUUGAGGGAAGCAGAGUAUGGGAAGAGACGUCGCAUACCUUUGGAGUAAAGAUCACCUUGUGGGUGCAGGCAUCCUGAUGGUUGGCUACUGCUACUUCUCACUGGUUUUGCUGGUGGCUUUUGACAUGCAAGCCAGAUCUGAGGAAAAAAUUAAGUUAAAGAUAGUGCUAUACAUUUGAUACUGUCAACUUCUGUUGUUGCUUAAGGACAUUCCUUGCUUCAAGAAACCAAUAUUUGUGUGCC